AUGUCCAGCUCCUCAACCGGUCGAGAUGAAGCACGCAUCGGCGACUUUGUUAUUGAGAAUGAGAUCGGCAAAGGCGCAUUCGCCGUGGUCCACAAGGCCCACCGCCAUCAGACUCGUGAAUCCGUAGCUAUCAAGAUCGUGAUACGCAAGAAGCUCACUCCUAAGCUGCUCGACAACCUCGAAGGCGAGAUCGCCAUUCUCAAAGCCAUUCACCAUCCUAACAUCGUCGAGCUCAAGGAUUGUCUUAAGACAGAGCGCCAUAUUUACCUCGUCAUGGCCUUCUGUGCUUCCGGAGAUCUCUCGCAAUACAUCAAGGAGCGCUUUGACAUCUACCAGCGUGCUGGCAUGUCAGAGCAAUCGAUGACGAGGACGCAGGAGCCCAAAUAUCCUCAUCCUCUCGACGCUGGCCUCAACGAGACCAUCGUCCGCUCCAUCUUGACUCAGCUUGCAGCAGCACUCGAGUUCAUGCGUGGUCGCGACAUUGUUCACCGUGACAUCAAGCCACAGAAUCUCCUCCUCCAGCCUCCAGAUGUAGCCUUUCUGGCGCUAGGCAACCCACGCGAGAUCCCUCAGAUGAAGGUCGCCGACUUUGGCUUUGCUCGUCACUUGAGCGUCAACACACUCGCAGAGACUCUCUGUGGAUCACCGCUUUACAUGGCUCCCGAGAUCUUACGCUUCGAAAAGUACGAUGCCAAGGCCGAUCUCUGGUCUGUCGGUGCUGUGCUCUUCGAGAUGACCGUCGGCAAGCCACCGUUCAAGGCAGCCAACCACAUCGAGCUGCUCAAACGCAUCGAGCGAGGCGAAGACCGAAUCAAGUUUCCAGACGAGCGAUCAGCAGGAUCUCUUGCACGAGAAGCAGCACGCCGACAAGAGCUUGGUGGCCGACCCUUGCCGCCACCGCAUCCUGUUUCGGAGGACGUCAAGACUCUCAUCCGUCAGCUUCUACGUCAACGGCCCGUCAGUCGUAUGAGUUUCGACGACUUCUUCGGCAGCCCCGUCAUCCGCGAUUUCAAGACUUUCAUCCGUCCACAUGCCGAAGCAGAGGCUGUCGAACGAUACCAAGACUUGCAGAACAGCCAACGCAGCCUCAUUCUCCCUUCUUCCGGAUUCAAGGAUGCAUCCUUGACUAUCGUCGAAGCGCCACCACAGGAGACAAGCGGUAGUACAUCCAAGGCUGCAGCCCAGACAUCUCGUCCCCAAGACGCCCAACAGGCAAAGUCCGGUCAAAGUAAACAAGUAGAGAGUCCGAAGCCAACUGCAAGCGAAGCUCUGGAGCUCCCCAAGCCAGCCAAGCCUGAAAGAACGAUACCGCGCGCUUUCGCCGCAAAAUAUGUCACUGGUGAGCCGCCAUCACGGCAAGAAGAGCCAGAGAAACGACCGAUUGCAGCGAUGGCACGAGUUCCUAGCUCGCCAGGCAUGCCAGACAAGUCCCUUCUCACCCUCGAGCGCAUGGAAGAGCAGUCCUCGUUUGGCGUCAACAAUCCUGCAGCAUCCCGCGAAGGCCAAGACAGCUUCCUCGGCAAAGAGUACGUCAUGAUCGAGAAGCGCAACGUCGAGGUCAAUGCGCUGGCGGACGAAUUGGCCGCUUCACCUCAGAACAGGAUGGCACUGGCUUCUCGCAGGCCCUCACGACUUUCACGCUUAGGAUCUGGUGCCCUCUCCAAUUCGCCUGGCGCAUCUCCGCCAAUGGGAGCAUCAGCAAUUUCCAGCACCAAGCCUAUCCGCAUCGCUAGCAACACAGAGACCACCACCAAUGCAGGAGCCUUUGCAUUACCGCCAGGCGCUAGGCCAUCCUCGGUCGGUCGCCGUACUAGCAUGUCCUCUUCAGGUUCUCCUUCUAUUCGACAGGGCGGCCAGGUCAUUACUGCAGGCGAUGCAGUUGCAAGCACGCAGUCAUCGCGCAGGGAAGCAACAUCAUCGUCUCAACCGAAAGAGGAGGUCAGCGUGCUUGGUCAGAAAUUCGCGGGCAUCGGCUUACCGGGCGGCGGAGCAGGAGGCCCCUCAAGCGCUCUUGCCAAGGCUAUCAGCAUGGCCUCUUUGCGUCUGUUUGGGGUCUCAUCGGGCGUUUCUUUGAGAGACGCAGCAGCUCUCGUGAGGAGCCGUGCACAGAAGCGUCGCUUCUUGCGAGCAACUGAUACCUAUGACGAAGUCGAGAUGAGCCUGCUCAGCACACUUGAGGAUCUUGGACAGAAAGCGUUUGUCCUGUCAGAGUUCGCCGACUCGAAGCUCGCUCAUUUCUUCCCGGAUGGCCCGCAUCAGCUGUCACAAGACCUCGAUGCUUCGACAGCAACCACCGGCAUAUCACCCGGCAUAUCACCCAACAAGAACAGCGGAUCAGCAAGGCGCGUGGGAUCUAUCUCGUCUUCCUCAUCGUCGGCUCUGGAUCCAGUCGCGGCAGAAUCUGCAGCAGCAGAGGCUCUGAUGCUCUAUGUUCGUAGUCUCGCUUUCUUGCAACGUGCCAUCGGUUUGACCAAGAAGCACAUUGAUUCUCGCUCGCGACCUGGCGCACCUGCUAUUACAAGUGCUGAACUCAACGAGGUGGUACAGUGGCUUCGAGCACGGUUCAACGAAGUGUACGACAAGGCCGACUUUGCUCGCUCGCGAUGCAACGAGCUACCUGAAUCUGCUCAGCAGGUGGACAAGCUCAUCUUUGACAAAGCCGUCGACGUGGCGAGAGCUGCAGCAACGGACGAGCUUGAGAACAAUCGCGACGGAAGCGGAUGGGAUCCGUCGCGCUGCUUGCUGGCAUACGAGACAGCAAGCUCGAUGCUAUCAUCUCUCUUGGAUCCGGGAGAGGAGGCCCUCAGCUUGAGUGAGGGAAGCAUCCUGAUGAUUGACAAGUAUGUCAGGAGUAUCAAUAAGCGGCUGAGCACGCUGCAAGAGCAAUUUGCAAGCGGAGCUGCAGCCAGUGCUGGUGGAGCGGCAGGGUCACAAGCGGGCGUGAGUGCAGGUGGACUGGAUGCAGCUGAGAGUCGCAGCAGAACUGACUUGCCGCUGUCGAAUCCGUCGCCAUCUGCUACACCUGUGUCAGUAAUGGACAGAGCUUGA